AAUUAUGAGAAAUUGUAUUAGAUCAGCUUUUCGUUAACAUCAUUAACUCAGGGGUGCUUGGUCUUAAAACUAUUUAUAAAAGCCUGGAGAAGGUGCUUUAAAGAAUGUCACUUUAAUACCUGGAGUAGGAAUCGGACCUGAAAUAACAAGUAAGAAAUUAUUAGAAUUAUUAGAUAGUGUAAGAACCAUCUUUGAAGAAUUGCAUGUUCCAAUCAAAUUCGAUGUGUUGGACAAUUUCAAUUUUGAGAAUGACGAAUCUAAGAAGCAACUAAGAAAAAAUGAAUGCAUUCUUUUGGGUGUGAUGACAGAAAAGAAUUAGAAAUACACUGACAAUUACAAGUUCUAUAAAUACUUAGACUUGUAUUCCAAUAUUACAUUUGCCUUUUCUUUCGAAGGAAUAGUAUAAAGACAUAAUAAUACAGACAUAGUGGUGAUAAGAGAAAAUACUGAAGGUAAUCUAUUAUAAUGCUAACUAUCGCAGGUGAAUACUCUGGUGUGGAACACGAAGUCUAUCCAGGAGUAGUUGAAUCGAUCAAAGUGACUACAAAAUAAGCAUCCUUAAGAAUUGCUGAAUACGCAUUUGAAUUUGCUCAUCUUAGCGGUAGAAAGAAGGUCACAGCUGUUCACAAAGCAAAUAUCAUGAAGCUAGUCGAUGGUCUGUUUUUAUAAGCCUGUAGAGAAGUGGCUCAAAGAUAUUCAUUCAUUAAAUAUGAAGAGAUGAUUAUUGAUAAUUGUUGCAUGUAAUUGGUCAAAAAUCCAACACAAUUCGAUGUGAUGGUUAUGCCAAAUCUGUAUGGAUCAAUUGUACAAAAUGUUGUAGCUGGUAUCACUGGGGGAGUGGGUAUGGCUGCAGGAGCAUCAAUUGGUAAAGAUCAUGCUCUCUUUUCUCAAGGUUGUAGACAUACAGGAAGAGAUAUUGCAGGUACUAAUAUUAUGUAUUCUAGGUAAAAAUGUUGUGAAUCCUUCCGCUAUGCUUGUUUCUUCCACUCUUUUGUUAAGACAUCUAGGUUUACCAAACUUUGCUGAUUAAAUUUGUAGAGCUGUUUAACAUACUAUCCAAGUCAAGAAUGUUAAAACUAAAGAUAUUGGUGGAAAUGCUACAACAGAUCAAUUUACAACAGAAGUUAUCAAAAGUUUAGGAAAAUGAUAU